ACAACGUUUUUCAGUCCCUCACGAGAGCAGACGGAGGGUCUCACACCUGAUGGCACUUGGGACGAGGCUGGGCAGUGUGUUCGCUUCUCGGCACGGGGCACUGGGUGGGCGUCAGGAAGGAGUGACAACAGGGAAACUGUACACAACUCUGUCACGUGAGACAAGCUCUUUGGUUAAAAGCAAAACAAACUUGAGACUAUAAACUCAAUUUCAGACCAUGAGUAAGGGGGAGGUCGGCAAACGGAAGAGACGGACCCCCAUUGAGGAAUGUCUGCACGCGGUACCCGACCACCUGUGUGGACUGGUCAUCGGCAAAGAUGGCCAUACUAUCCGAGAGAUCAAAACUAUUUCGGGUGCCUCUGUUUACAAACAACACAGUCCACCCCAAUACCCGGCAUGUCUGUUUUUGCCAUCCGUGGGACUCGAACUCAGAUUAUGGAGGCCAUCCGCCUCAUUUGUCAGAAGUCUGGCACAAAGGAAAUGAUAUCAGCGUACGCCGAAGCGUUCUGGCAGCAGUGGGUCAAAGACAUGUUCCAAAGCUGGAAUCCCAGGCCUACUUUCUUCCCGCUGUCUUCGUCAAGCGGGUCCCGGUGGUGGCUCACGAGGUGGCAGGUCAACACGUGCUAGUUCCUCGACAGCCACGCCCCCAGGACCAGGCUAUCAACGCCCAGGCCACGCCCCCUUCCUUCAACGGGCUCGCGCUGACCCCUAGGCCCCUCCCCGUGCAAGAGACUGACCUCUCUGACGACUCUGCCUUGGAGCGUGUGCUGAGUUGCUUUAACAAGAUGGCGGAAGAAUAUGGCGACGUCUUCGUGGCGCUCAGCCAGCUCAAGUUCGGCGACUACCUGGCUGAACCGUCUUACACCGCAGUCGCCGCCCUGCUUCCCUCCCCUUCAAACCUGCCGCCAUGUUUACCGCAAAAUUACAAGCAGGGGGACUUCGACAUCCUCAUCAUACACAAACAUUACGGGUUCGUGGUCUGUGAGGUCAAGUCGUCUGGCUAUAACCUGGACAGGAUGGGCAUCUCACACGAGGCUAUGAACGCCCAGAUUCAAGAGAAACUGCGCAAAGCAUCCAAGCAGCUCGACAAAGCUCAGGCGGUCCUGUCGCACAUCGUGUCCGACAUCUGUCCUGGUCUCCGGGUCACCAAGGUCGUGGCCUUCCCCAAUCUCACCAAAGGGAUGGUGAUGCAGGCCAUUGCUGCAGACCCGCAGGGAAUACAGGAUCUUCACCAUCUUCUAGGAGCUACAGAACCCUCGCAAGUCGGGGAAAUUUUUCUCUGCAGCGACCAUGUUCCUGACGCCGGUGCACCGUGGGACGUGGACGAAGAGACGCUUGGAGAGUUCAGGCGAUGGUGGGAGCGAGUAGUGUGUAGUGGAGGACCUGACCGUCAAAUGUCAGGAAAUAUGUACAGGACCUUAGUGGCCAGGUUCUGUGGUCCAGCAACAACUGUCACCGUCCCCUGCAUCAUGUCCCCACGCCUGGCCCUGAAGACCUUGAGUCAGGCCGUGUCAGUGACUGGAGAGUGCUACACCGCGCAGAUCACCUUGUUCCCCGAGCAGGUCAACCUUCUCAACUCCGCACAUCCCCUCGUCUUCAUCUCUGGUCCUCCCGGCACAGGCAAGACCGUUGUGCUGCUGUUGAUGGCCAUCGAGUGGCUGCGGAAGGGGCACAGAGUUUACAUCGUCAGCACCUGCCACGAGAGCCUCACAGCUUGUCGCAUGCUGUUUUUUCUGGUCCAGCAAAGGUGUGGCUCUGGCGACAGACUCCGUCUUGUGGAGUACAGCUUGGAGACGGGGCCAGAGCUCGCCAAAGCUUUUGACGACAUGAAGGGGAAGGAGGAUGGCGACCUACACAUCAUCGCUGAUGAAGCUGGACCGGACGACAGAUGGAGAACGGCGCCUCACUUUCGCACAUUCUGCGAGACUCUGCUGGCUACGAACCGCAGACUUCAUCUGUGGGCUGCGAGCUGCUAUCACACCCUGGCUCCUGCCGGGUGGCAGCUCCACGUCUUCACCAGGCCGCUGCGGAACCCACCGGUCGUGACCCGGGAGGUGGAGCUGUCAGACGAAAUUGGUCGUGACGUCACAGGAUACACCCAUCUACCCGUUCCUGCCCCCACAGACGGCCCCUCUGUCAAACGAAUAUUCCACCAGGGUGCAGGACACUCUGCCACUUCUCCUGGCGGGUGCAAGGUGUGCGGGGGGCAGGUGCGAGACUUUCUACACAGUCUCCUUGUUGGUGCCAAGACAGAGUUCCUGACACCUGAUAUAGCCGCCACCAGCGUGAAGACUGUGGUGUACAGAAGGCCGGGUGACAUGCCUGACGUCUCCAACCCACCCGACCUGGAGUACAGAGACGUCCUGGUGCUGUGCGUUGGCAGCGCGAAGGACAACAAGAAGUUUAUUCAGGGUAUGAAGAAGGGCCUACCUGUUCGGGUGGUGGAGAAGGACGCUGACGUCACCGACGUGGCCACGGCCAGCAGUGACGUGGUGUGGGUGACGUGCGGCUCGUCCGUGCGCGGGGUGGAGAGGAAGGUGGUGGUCUGUGUCCGGAAUGAACAGAGGCCGACAGACAAGUACAACCGCCUCUACCCGGUCUCCCGCUGCGUGUCGCAGUUGGUACUAGUGGCGCCCUCGCCGGUCAGACCUCGCUCCAACUCUAUUUCAUGACAGCAGCUUCCACUAGAGUACGACGUGAAUACUGUGAGGCCAUCACGUGAACUUUACGUGGCAAUCACGUACACCCAACAAAAAGCAGUGGAGAAGCUAUCUUAUUCUACAAAAUGUUUGCCUGCAUCGCAGAAUUUAUUCAGCUUUUCCUCCUCUUAGAAUAUACUUUGGU